CCCGGUUCAGUCUGCCGCCAUCGUUCCUUUUGACCCUCACUAAAAUCGAUACCCCCUCAUACCCCUCUCUACGACAUCUAUCACAAUGGCUCCUCCUCCACCGCCCUUGGGACAGCGGCUUCUAGGCCACCUCCGACCUAUGAUACUCAUCCUCCUCAUGGCCCAAGCCUGGUCCGUCACCAUCCUCACCCUCCUCCUCAAGCUCGACCUCCGCACCCUCUUCACCUACGACACCCUCCGCCACAAAGCCUUCGGCCGCAUGUGGGCCAAAUACGGCGACCUCAUGUCGCGCGAGAUGCCGCUCAACACCGCCGCCCUCCUCGCUACCGUGCGCGGUACCGUCCUCGACCUCGGCCCCGGCAGCGGCUCGCAGCUGUACCAGUUCACCCCAGGGCAAAUCGACGUGGCGUACGGGGUGGAGCCGGCGGUAGACCUACACGUACUACUACGCGCGGCAGCGGAGAAGCGGGGGUUCGAGGGUCGGUAUAAGGUGGUGACGGCGGGAGCGGAGCCGGAGUCGUUGGUGCCGGCAUUGGCGAGGGAGGGGGUGAUUGGGGAAGGGGGGGCGGAGGUAUUCGAUGAGAUUGUGUGCGUGAGGGUGCUGUGCGGCGUGCCGAGACAGGAGGAGGUGGUGAAGGGGUUGUAUCGGUUGUUGAAGCCGGGGGGAAGGUUGGUGGUGUCGGAGCAUGUGGUGAACCCCUGGCGGUUGAAGGAGGGGAGUAUCGUGGCGCGCGGCCUGCAAAUUGGAUAUCAUCUUUUGGGUUGGAAGUUUUGGGCGGGGGGUUGUUGCAUGGAUCGCGAUACGGAGAAAUCGUUGAAGGAGGCGGGGAGUUGGUCGAAGAUUGCGUUGGAGCGCUCGCAGUCAUGGGCGGUGAUUCCGCAUAUCGUUGGAUACCUGGUCAAGGCAUGAAGGGAUCUUUAUAAGAUCAAUGAUAAAUAAAACUGCGGAGAUAGUUCAAUUAUAUUGUAUCACGCAGACUGCAGUGAAAGCUAUACUCAUCCUAUAAUGGACUACUUUUACCAGGAGUAUGGAUUGUUUUAACAGGAGCAACCUGAG